AUGCGCAGCGAGGACGAAGAGGAAAACGACUACGAGGACGACGAGGACGAUGAUGAGGAGGAGCGCGAUGAUGCCGACAAGGACCUCUUUGGAAGCGAUCAGUUCGACGGGGACGGGGACGGGGACGGUGACGGUGACGGUGACGUAGAAGGCGAAGCGGAUGAUGUGGAAGAGGACGAGGACGACGAAGAUGACGGCGAUGCGGACGCCGACGAAGAUGACGAGGAGGAGGACGAGGACGAUGAGGACGAGGACGAGGAUGAUGACGAAGAGGGCAAGGACGAUGAAGACGAGGACACUACUGCUCCACCGGGGGAUAGCCAAGCCGCUACCAAGCCCACAUCACCCGCGAAGACUGCUUCACCAUCCGAGCCAGCACAACCCCCACACCUCUUGCGACGCUCCCUUUUCAUCCCAGGCUACACCGAACCUCCAGCAUCUCUCACAAUUGAAGCCAUGGUUGGAAUCCCUCUCCCCUCGGCGGUUCAUUGCCUCGCGGCGAGCACUUGCCUCAGCUACCUCCUCACAGGCUCGCAGGACGGUUACGUCCGCGCAUACGACACUUGGCCGUCCGUAAAUGGUGCGCAGGUCAUGACCGCCCAACAGCGCGGUGUCGUCGGUCUUGGUGAAGGUGUCAACAAGGCUGGCGUAGGGCGCGGCUGGUGGGCCGUUGAGGUGGACGGCGUCGAGAAUGGUCAACCGAUGCGCAAGUCUGAGCCAGUCUUUUCGCUCGCCUGUCAAGGCGACGCGCUGUGGACGCUUGCUGGGACACAGAGCGGACCCAUCAACCUCUACAGCCUGCGGCACCAGCCUGGCCACCUCGUCCACUCGCUCAAGGGCCACUCGUCGGUCGUAUCAUGCCUCCAGCUCUUGCCAGGCGACACGAGCUUUCUCUCGGGCUCCUGGGACGGUUCCGUUAGGGAAUGGGACCUCAACACUGGUCAAGUGUCACGUAACUACCCCACACACGGCGCGCAAAUCUCUUCUAUUGCCCUCAAGCCCAUCAGCACGAUGGCAUCGCCGGCACCAGCUGUGAGCGUACACGUCGGUGCCGACUUUUUCAAGGCCGACCGCGAGAAUGAGGACGACACACCAGCACAGGCCAACGGCAACUCGACAGAGGUUGACGGAAGCAAGGACGCAGACGGAGACGCAACUAUGGCGGACGGGGACGGCGAUGUGGAUGACGCUGCGUCCUAUGACCCCCUGUUUGACGAUGAUGCCGAGGGGGAGGAGGAAGGCGACGUGCCUAUGGCCGAACCUACACCAGCACCAGCUGCACCGGCGCCAGUGUCCAUCCCAACACCAACACCAGCUGCACCGACUUCCCUCGCACUUCCGGGCACAACCAAGCCGAGUCCCGCCGCAGCGCCUAGUGCUCCCAACCGCCUCUUCCCUGCUGCCUCGACACCCACGGCCAGCGCCUCGCGCCCACACGUCUCGGCAGCCGCCAACAUCCCUUUACUCUCCCCCGCCAGCUACCAGGCCUUCUCCAACGACGUUCUUCUCACCUCGUCAAUGGACGGUCAAGUAACUCUGAUAGACAGGCGAUCCGAUUCACCUCACGUUGGUCGUCUGCAACCAGGUGACAAGGCACCACCAUGGUGUAUGUCCGCCACAUGGCUCGGUGACGGCAACCAGGUGCUUGCCGGACGACGAAACGGCACCAUUGACGUGUGGGACGUGCGCAAGAGCUCCUCGACGGCACCCUCCUUGUUGCGGACGUUUCGCACUCCACAGGAAUCGGGUCCCGUCUCGUGCAUUGUUGCGUUUCCAGAUGGACGCCAUGUUGCGACUGCGUCCCAGGACAACAUCCGUCUCUGGAACACCCUCGAGACGGUCGAGUACUACGAGGCCGAGGAGGGUAUUAAGCGGUCACGGUCCCGGCCGCCGUUCCGCAUCAUUGCGGGACAUCACGGUGGUAUCGUGUCAAGCAUGAUCGUCGACCCUACGUCUCGUUUUCUCGUCACCGCAUCAGGCGACAGAGGAUGGCAGGGAGAGAGCACAAAGGUCGUGCUGAUUCACGAGGUCAAGUGGUAG